AUGAACGGCGACGGGGUGAAAAGAGACGUCAAGAAUCACUUGCUGUUUGAGAUCGCAACGGAAGUUGCUAAUCGAGUGGGUGGUAUCUACUCGGUGCUCAAAUCCAAAGCUCCCGUCACAACAGCAGAGUAUGGCGAUCGAUACACACUUAUCGGCCCCCUCAACAAGAGUGCGGCCGCCGUAGAGGUUGAAGAACUCGAGCCUCCGCCAGGCCCACUGCGAGAAACCUUGGAAUCUAUGCAAGAGCGUGGGAUCGAGCUCAUGUACGGACGAUGGUUAAUUGAGGGAGCUCCGCGAGUCCUCUUGAUCAACACCGGGACAGGUUACCGCUGGCUCGAUGAGUGGAAGGGUGAUUUAUGGUCAACAGCCGGAAUUCCGUCUCCUGCCGGUGACAAUGAGACGAACGAGGCCAUUGUGUUUGGGUAUCUGGUGGCUUGGUUCUUGGGAGAGUUUAUCGCCCGUGAGACCAGUCGCGCAGUCAUUGCUCACUUCCACGAGUGGCUUGCCGGAGUCGCUCUUCCAUUGACUAAGAGGCGCCAAAUGGAUUUGACGACGAUUUUUACCACACAUGCCACUCUCCUCGGACGAUAUCUGUGUGCCGGCUCCGUUGACUUCUACAAUAACCUGCAAUAUUUCGACGUGGACGCAGAAGCGGGAAAACGAGGCAUCUACCACCGGUAUUGUAUCGAACGAGCAGCUGCUCAUACUACGGACGUCUUUACCACCGUCUCCCACAUCACUGCGUUCGAAAGCGAGCAUCUACUGAAACGGAAGCCUGACGGUGUCUUGCCUAACGGGUUAAAUGUCAAGAAGUUCUCGGCCGUCCACGAGUUUCAGAAUCUGCACUCCACACAGAAAGAGAAGAUCCAUGAGUUCGUACGGGGCCACUUUUACGGCCACCUGGACUUUGAUCUGGAUAACACCAUUUACUUCUUCACCGCCGGAAGAUACGAGUACCGCAACAAGGGUGUCGAUAUGUUCAUCGAGUCCCUUGCGCGGUUGAACCACAGACUCAAAGUUGCCGGCAGCAAGACAACCGUCGUGGCAUUCCUCAUUAUGCCUGCACAGACAACCUCCCUCUCGGUGGAUUCGCUGAAAGGCCAGGCCGUCACCAAGGCUCUGGCUGAGACAGUGUCCAACAUUGAGCGCGGCAUUGGCCGGCGAUUGUUUGAGAGAUCUGUUCACUGGAAGGAAGGAGACCCAAUGCCCGAUGACAAGGAGCUUAUCACGCCUGCGGACAAGAUUCUCCUCCGCCGCCGUCUGUUCGCCAUGAAACGGCACCACCUUCCUCCGAUCGUCACCCACAACAUGGUCAACGAUGCCGAGGAUCCCGUGCUUAACCAGCUCCGUCGUGUUCAACUGUUCAACCAUCCUUCUGAUCGCGUCAAGGUUGUCUUCCACCCCGAGUUUUUGAACUCUGCAAAUCCUGUCCUCUCGCUUGACUAUGACGAUUUCGUCCGCGGUACCCAUUUGGGUGUUUUCCCGUCAUAUUAUGAACCAUGGGGGUACACUCCCAUGGAGUGCACUGUCAUGGGUGUCCCAUCCAUUACAACAAACCUGUCCGGGUUUGGGUGCUACAUGGAAGAGCUGAUCGAGAAUUCGUCCGACUAUGGUAUUUACAUUGUCGAUCGAAGGAUGAAAGGCGUGGACGAGUCGGUGAACCAGUUGACCGAAUUCAUGUUUGAUUUUGCAAGCAAGAGUCGACGGCAACGUAUCAACCAGCGCAACCGAACUGAACGGCUUAGCGAUCUCUUGGACUGGAAGCGGAUGGGCAUGGAAUAUGUCAAGGCACGACAGCUUGCGCUGAGACGCGCCUACCCAGCCUCCUUCGAGGACAGCGACGACUUUGAUGAUAUGAUCGGAGGAACUGAGACAAAGAUUUCAAGACCACUCUCUGUUCCUGGCUCACCCAGGGAUCGUACCGGCAUGAUGACACCCGGCGACUUUGCAUCAUUGCAGGAAGGCAGAGAAGGCCUCAGUACUGAGGAUUACAUCGCAUGGCGGUUGCCUGAGGAAGAAGAACCUGAUGACUAUCCCUUCCCUCUCACGCUGAAGAUGAAGAAAGGGUCCGGUGCAACUUCCCCGGCGCCGUUGACUGGAAGUAUCAAUGGCGGUUCGUAA